AAUGGGAAAAGACCCAAACUGGAAAAUGGAAUAUAGGCUGGGCUUAAUGUUGCUUCUUGUUCUGCUGACACCAGCUUCAUCCGUUGCCCUGAGCAGAGAAGAAUUUUCAGAAGCGGUGGUGUAUUUAAGGCAGUAUGACUAUCUGCACAUCCCACUGGACAGUAAAGGCCAAAACCAUCCACCUGAGGAGAUAGCGGAAGCCCUAAGAAUCUUUCAGAAAGUGACAAACCUGCAAAUAUCAGGAAAACUAGAUUCAGCCACUCUGGCGAUGAUGAACAAACCUCGAUGUGGCAUACAGGACUCUUUCAAUAACAAAUCUCUUAAAUAUCGAGUCCUGGGUUACUGGCGCAAGAAGAUGCUGACCUACCGCAUCUAUAAUUACACCCCUGACUUGGGUCAGGGAAAGACCCGUUUGGCAAUCCAGAGCGCUUUCAAGUACUGGAGCGAUGUGUCACCUUUAAAGUUCAAGGAGCUGCAGCAAGGAAGAGCAGACAUCAAAAUCUCCUUUCACAGAAAAGACAAGACGUGUCCAGUUCCCUUCGACGGACGAGGUCAUGUUUUGGCCCACGCUGAUGCCCCCGAGUCAGGCAUUGUGCAUUUCGACAACGAUGAAGUGUGGACAGAGGGGAAGAGCUCCGGCUCCAACCUGAGGAUUGUUGCAGCCCACGAGAUUGGCCACGCUCUCGGCCUGGGCCACUCACAACACUACAGCGCACUUAUGGGACCUGUUUACAACGGAUACCGCUCCGACUUCAAACUACAUCCAGACGACAUCCAAGGGAUCCAGGCUUUAUACGGAAAGCCAGAGAAGGCUCCUCCAUCCAGAAAUCCAAGUCAUUUAUUGCCAGGAGUUAUUCCAGAUCCUUGCAAGGCCUCUGUGGAUGCAGUAAUGUUGGGUCCUUUGCGUAAGACAUAUGUCUUCAGUGGUCAGUAUGUGUGGACAUUGUCCAGCUCUGGCUACAACACUCCCAUCUUAAUCUCUGCACUGUGGAAGGAACUGCCAGGGAGCCUCAAUGCAGCUGUUCACUCUCAGCGGACCAGCAAGUCCUAUUUUCUGAAAGAAGACAAAGUAUGGAGAUACACUGGCUUUAAACUUGACCAAGGCUUCCCCAAACGCUUGGCCAAUAUCCCGGCUGAUAUUGACUCAGCCUUGUACUUCAAUAAGAACAAACAACUUGUCUUUUUCAAAGGCUCUGGAUACUGGCAGUGGGAUGAAAUAGGUACGACAGACUUCAGUUCAUAUCCCAAACCUAUUGGAAAACUCUUCCACGGGGCCCCUAGCAACCCUAAUGCUGCAAUCACAUGGACAAACGGACAUAUAUACUUAUUUAAAGGCACCCAGUACUGGCGUGUAAACCAGAACCACCGAGCAGUGGAGAAGGCCUACCCUCUGAACACGGCCACGCACUGGAUGCAGUGUGACGACUGAGCCACCAGAGGCCACCGGGGAUUCAACACAA